UACCUCUCAUCAGUCUUCAUCUGACAGUCCACGCUGUCUGAAAACAGAAGAGCUACCUCGGCUUAUUUGUGGUUCCUGGCCCAUGGGAUAUUGUUUUCCACUCUUUGAUUUUCAGUCUAUGAGUUUCUUUUUGAAUUAAAUGUGUUUCAUGUAUGCAGCAUAUUGUUGGAUCUUGCUUCUUGAUCCAUUCUGCUAGUCAGUUUUCUUUUUUGGAUUGGUGAAUUGAGGCAAUUAAUAUGAUAGUUAUGACUGAUAUGUAUUGACUUAUUAUUAUCAUGUUAUUUUCCUGUUGUUGACUCCCUUUUUUCUCCUCUUUUUUUUAUUUUAAAGAGAAUAAAGUCAAACAAAACAAAACAGAAUAAAGCUAAUCAGAACAGAACAAUGAAAGAGAUACAGAACUUUAAAGCAAGAUAAUAGGAAAUCAGUGCUGGCUACUAUAAUGUUUCUUGUUUUCUUCAAAAUAGCUGUUCAUAACAUUAGGCAUAGUAAAAUCAAACAAAACAAAACAAUAAAACCAAUCAAAACAAAAGAAUAUAGGCAUAUUUUAAAGAGAAUAAAACCAAACCAAGCAAAACAGAAAAAGCCAAUCAAAACAAAACAAUGAAAGUGAUACAGAACUUCAAAACACGAUAAUAGGAAAACAGUGGUUACCAUAAUGCCUCUUGUUAUCUUCAAAAUUGCUACUCAUACCAGUAGACAUAAUAAAAUCAAACAAAACAGAACAAAAUAAGAGCAAUCAAAACAAUGUUGAAUAAAACAAAACAAUAAAAUGGAACAAAACAGUGAGAACAAUAUUGAGUCUCAAAACAAGACAGAAGGAAAUUCCCCAUAUUUUCUAUACUGCAUACUUUUAUCCUCUUAAUAGACGCUUAGACCACCAGUGCUGGGCCUGCAAAGUCAAUCAAACGAUGCAAGCACUAAGUUGUUUUUGUACCUCAGUUGCUAUUAACUCAGCCUGCCCAGUGAAUCAGCUGGUUGCUUAUGGGAUGGGGAGGGGGGAUGUGUUCUUGUCUGGCUGGCUCAAAAGAAAGGGUGAAUUGUCUCUUUUCUCCUCCUGGGCCCCACAUGGCUGUGGCAGCUCUCGAGAAGGGUGAAUUGGCUUCUUGUUACUCCUCCUAGGCUUAGCAUGGCUUCUGCUGACUCACAGGAAGGGCGGAUUGGCUUGCUUCUCCUCCCAAGUCUGCAUGGUUUGUGCCAGCUCACUGGAAGGGCAAACUGGCUUCUUACUACUCCUCCCAGACCCAGCAUGGCUUCCUCCAACUCAAAAAUGAAUUGGCUUUUCCCCCCUCUCAUUCCUUUUAUCCUCUGUUUUACUAUUUCUAUUAUCUGGGGGGUUGGGCUUCACAGAGCAGAAAUUCUUAUUAUCUCUUUCUAGAAUAUCCUUUAGAACAUUUUGGAGUGCUUGGUUUGGUGGCCAUGACUUUUUCAGAUGUUCUUUACCAUGGAAGGAUCUUAUUUCUUCAUCAAGUUCAAAAGAUAGUUUUGCACGAUACAUCAAUCUGGGUUGGAAGUUGUUUUCUUUUAGGGGUUGAAAUACUUUAAGCUCUUCUUGGCUUAAGGGUUUAUGCUGAGAAGGUAGAGGGAAGGAUGGGUUGUAAACUUCCAGGAGCAGAGAACAUCAUUAUUCAUUUCUUGUAUUUAUUUAUUUAUUAUAACAAAAGAUACUUGGGGAAAAGUACUUGGAAAAAAGAUAGAUAGAAAGAGAAUAGAGGGGCUACUGUGAGGAGGUAGGGGCACCAGAACCUUAUGUAUUAAUUUCUACCGUGUCUUAAUCUAUCUCUAGAUUUUUGAGAGUUGACUGUACUUUGAGUUAUGUUUAACAGAAUCCAAUAGGUUUAGUAAAACCACUCCCAGAAUGACUAUGUCAUAGCCAACUUGACAGCAAUGGGCAUAAUCAGAAAUGGGACUUGGUUAGGGAAGAUGCCAGCUGCUAAGAUUGAGGAACAUGAGCUCUCCCUAGUAUGUGUGCAAACCAUUGCCAGCCUUCUUGGGGAAAAUCCAAAUGAAAGCAGCAGAAGAAGACAGCAAGACAAGAGCUGAACUGCCAUGUCCAAGAAAAAGGCAAUUGUACAUGGCCAGGAGCCUGGAUCAGUUUGUGAGGAGCAGUAGGAUUCCGAGGUGAGGCCAGCUGUCAGCUCAGAGGUGAGUUGGGCCAUCAGUUAGUCAGCAAAGAGUUUUUUGUAUGCUUUUUGUAAACAGUAUUUCCUCUUUCUACCAACAUGAUGCCAAAGAGAGGCUUCUAAGAUGUUGUGCGUGAGAACCAUCUAGGUUCUAUCAAAAAAAGGGCAGGUUUCCUUUCAGAGUGCAUAGAGUUUCCCAGUGUCUAGGUUUUGUCAAAGGAUAAUUCUGUUUGUUGACACCUCCAACCGCAUUGUGUAUGGGCCUCAUUUUCUUGUUUUUUUGAGUGCCUUAUAAAAGCUUACUAAUAAGUUUUUUUAAUGCUAUAAUAUAAUACAGUAAUGCCAGAGGUCAGAUUUUUCCUUCCCUUAGGGUUUGUUAUUGUUGCUGUUGCUUAUUUAUUUAGUGACUUUUCAGAACUGAUUCUAUGAAGUCUGUAUUCUUCCUCAAGAAUGGCUACUGAAGUCUGCUCAGUGGCCAAUUGAUGAUUGAUGACUGUCUUGAUGCUUGAAACUAGUAUGUCUCCCCUCUUUUCCAGAGGGGCUCUGUUUAUAUGUUAGGGCAUACAGGAAGUUUACAACAUCUUCUUACUUGUGGAGACUCUCAGGAUAAGCCAGGAGUGAGAGCCUUGUACCUUCCUUAGGUCUGCCUGCGCACAGACAAGCAGGGCAUGUGCACAGCUGUGCAUGUGUGUGUACAUGAGUGUGUGUGACUUUCUAGAGCUCCAGAAAUAUAUUGGGGGCCUUUCACAGCCUCUUAUGGGAAUCUUAUUCUGCAGAUAGUCCUUUAAUAUCUUUUGUUUGACCCACCUGUUUUUGGGUUGUCUGUUAUUUGCCUUAACUGCUAUUCACUGCCCCACACAGCCAUAAAGUCCAACAGUUGUCUCUAAUUGUUUUUAACAAAUGCCAUUUGAUAAAAAGCUAAUCAAACCAAGCAGACACCAAGUCAAAUCAAAACAGAUAGUCUUGCAAAUGGGAUGUACUAAGGAACCAGCGGGCAGGUCAGAUAGGGACAGCUUUCUGGGAAUGAGGUUUUGGAGGAACUUAAGGCUGUUUUAUUCCUUCAUGUGACUUCCGGGCUGCUGGCUUCUAUUAAGAUUAGGGAUGAUGCUACUGUAGAGUUGGAGGAGGGGGAUGAAACUGCAGCGGGUUUAAAUGCACAAACCUCAUUGUUCUCAGUGUGAGUGUGUGUGUGUUUGUUUUCUUGGGGAUUGAACCCAGAAACUCAUGCAUGCUAGGUAAGUGCUGUACUUCUGAGCUACAUUCACAGUCCUUUUUACAUAGGAUCUUGCUAAGUUGAUCAGGCUGGCCUUGAAUUUCUGAUCCUUCUUCAGCCUCCAAAGUAGCUGGGACCACAGAGAGGUGCCACUGCACCCAGAAUGUUACCUGUUUUGAAUGGACACUUUCUAGACCGUUACAAACCUUUGGCUAAUUUCUAGAAACUUGAAAGAGUUGAUUCUGACCAUUUCUUUGAUAGUUUUCUUACUGCUUUUAUGGAGAAGAGAAUGAUCAGAGGCUUACUCCUCUGUCAGUUUCACUGAUAUCAUCUGCAAUAUAUCUGAAAUACCCCUUUCUAUGAUUGCCUUCUCAUUUCUCAAAACUCGGAUCCAGUGUAUGCUCCAUUGUGAUGCCUCCUUUAUGUCCUGGGGCACAGGAGCCAACUGCUCCUCCACUCUCCCAUACCUCUGUGCCCAGACCUCUGUAGCUUCACUUUGCACAAGAAACAAUUGUUCCUAUCUGUUCCUUCCUUUCCUUUCAGCUUGCAAGCUCCAAGCCUCAUCUCCCACGCUCACAACACACAGUAGGCCUUCAAGUUUAUAGGCUGAAUAUAUUGCAUUAGGAGACCCCAGGGCCUAGCCAGGAAAUUGUCAGCUCUCGUCACCACUCCUCUCCUCCUACAUCUAUGAUUCACAGCUGAUCUCUGUCCCUUCACUGUACUGUGUGCAGAUACAGCCUCUGUGGUGAGGCUCAACAACAGGUGAUGCUAGAUAGCAGGCUGAGAGUUUUAUGCUGAGUAUCACAUUUAGUGCUAACAUCGACCCGGGAGCUAGGUACUGUAUCUUAAUUUUACAGGUAAGGCUGACUGGGGAAAAGGGACACUGGGGUUACACAAAAGGUUGCCUCUAAAGCCUGUUUUCUUUUGGCUUUUGAUACAAGAUCUGGCUACAUAGCCCAGGCUGGCUUUGAACUCAAGAUCCUUUCGCACCAGAUUUUUAAGAGCUGGGAUUACUGGCAUGUGCCACUGUGCCUGACUUAAAACCUGUAUUCUUAACUGUUCCAUCUGAAGGAUUCCUGAGGGUCACACGGGAAGAGAGGAAGCCAUACCAGCUUCUCCUUUGCCUGGGUUUAUCCUGCUUCCUUUGUCUGAAGAAAUAUGGUUCCUAGGUGCGUUCAGCUCAGUCUGGGCCCAGCUCUGUCACUUAGUGGAUUGAAACAAGGCAGCACGGUGGCCUCCUAUGGAACUGGCUCCCAGGGCAGGCCUGGUGCAGAGGCCCCACCUUCUAGCACUGAGGGGACAGGCAUAGCCUUGGAGAGGCAGGUGACACCAUCCCUCCUUAUCACCAACUCCAGCUUGGUGACAGCCCCAGACCACUGGCACAGCCAACCCACACAGGCAAGAUGUAACACAGAGAGCUCAGAGACAUUUGGACCAAUGCUGGUAUCUGUCUGUCCAAUACAGCCCUGUCAGCAGGACGGGAGAAUUGUGCUGGCAUGCAUGGGGAACCCUUUUGGCCACAAGAGACCUGGUUGCUAAGCAACAGUAGUUGGCCUCCCUCCUCCCUAUAAUCUUUUUCUCUGUUUCUGAGCUUCCAGUUAGCAGCAGGAGGGGCUGGGGCUGCCCAGCCCAGCCCAGCCCAGCUCUUGGCCCCUUUCCCUGCAACAAGGGGCCUAUUCACGGGCCCUGAGCAGAGUUUAUUGUCUUUGUGGCUCAUGUCUGUGUGUGAGUGUAUGUGUAGGGGGAGAACGGGAGCGGCCGGGUGUGAACCCGGGAGACUUCACCGCCAGCCAGGCUGGCUGGGCCAUUUAAUCCAUGCUGACAGGAGGACAAGAGCAGUGCCCUGCCUAGCAGACCCGAAGCCUUACAUCAGUGCCAGUGACCCACAUGAGCCUGAAGCUGGAUGACCAAGCCUCUAUGGAGGCUCAGUAUGCAGAGGAGGGCCCAGGACCCAGGAUCUGCAGAGCAGAGCCAGGAAACCAGCUGCAACCCGUGUCUCAGGCAAGGUACUGGUGCUCCUUUCGACAUGGCUGUGCAGUGCUGGGAGCCCUGGGGAUGCUGGCUGGCGUGGGAGUUGGCUCAUGGCUCUUAGUCCUGUAUCUGUGGCCAGCAGCCUCUCAGCCUACCUCUGGGACUUCGCAGGAUGAGGAUCCGACUCUGAGCUGCUUGGAGGCCGGCGGUGAGGGUGCUCCGCUGCCCUCACCUCCCAAAGCAGUAUCUUUCAGAAUAAACAGGGAGGACUUGCUGGAAGUGCAGGUGAGGCCCCGGCCAGACUGGCUCCUGGUCUGCCAUGAGGGCUGGAACCCCGCCCUGGGGGUGCAGAUCUGCCAGCACCUCGGGCAUCUCAGACUUGCUCACCACAAGGGAGUGGACCUGUCUGACCUCAGCCUCAGCAGCUCCCAGGCAUUUUCUCAGCUCUUGCCCAGCCUGGGAGGUCCCCCGGGAGAGCUGUGGCAGCCCAGGGACAACUGCACUUCUGGCAGAAUCGUUUCCCUCAAAUGCUCUGGACUGGGAAUUCUAACCACAGGUGGUCCUCACUGGCCCCCCACAUCUGGCCCUCUGUCUCGCUCUUCUCUGUUGGCAGAGUGUGGGGCAAGGCCUCUGGCUUCUCGGAUAGUUGGUGGGCAGGCCGUGGCUCCUGGACGCUGGCCGUGGCAGGCCAGUGUGACCCUCGGCUCCCGGCACAUGUGUGGGGGUUCAGUGCUGGCCCCCCACUGGGUGGUGACUGCUGCACACUGCAUGCACAGUUCCAGGCUGUCUCGACUUUCUAGCUGGCAAGUUCACACAGGGCUGGUCAGCCACAGUGCCAUCAGGCCUCACCAGGGAGCCAUGUUGGAGAAAAUCAUCCCCCACCCCUUCUACAGUGCUCAGAGUCAUGACUAUGACAUUGCCCUCCUGAGGCUCCGGACGCCACUCAACUUCUCAGACACCGUUGGGGCUGUGUGCCUGCCGGCAGAGGAGCAGCAUUUUCCGAGGGGCUCCCAGUGCUGGGUGUCUGGCUGGGGCCACACGGACCCCAGUUACAGCCAUAGCUCAGACAUGCUGCAGGAUGCGGUGGUGCCCCUGCUCAGCACUGAGGUCUGCAACAGCUCAUGCGUCUACAGUGGAUCCCUUACCUCUCGCAUGCUGUGUGCGGGCUACCUGGAUGGGAGGGCCGAUGCAUGCCAGGGGGACAGUGGGGGCCCCUUGGUAUGCCCCCAUCAGUACACGUGGCAUCUGGUGGGGGUGGUCAGCUGGGGUCGUGGCUGCGCAGAGCCCAAUCACCCAGGUGUCUACGCCAAGGUCGCUGAGUUCGUGGACUGGAUCCGUGACACCGUGCAGGACUCCCUACUCUCACGUCCCAUGGUUUCCGCCAAUCUCACUGCACGUUAAUGCAGGCUCAUAUCUCCUGGGCUCUCUGGCAGGUCCACUAACUGGAGAAGCAGCAGCAACCCUACAGAAGAAGAAGGUGUGAAUGGCUUCCCGCUGCUUGCAUGGCGGUCACCAGCCACGGGCCAGCAGCCACUGGGCCUCUCCUCUCGGGCGCCGCCUUCUAGUUCCUCUCUCUCUCAUCUCAAGAGAGGCUGGGAAUGGUGGUGGGGGUCCGGGGGCAGGCAGAAGAGGCUGUGGAGAGCAGCUGGAAGCCUGUCUCUCUGCCCUCUCUCCUCCUGAGCUCCUUGUGCAUCUUUUGGGAGGAUGCUCAGUGUACGCCUAGUCCUGCAUCCUAAAGUGAGUUAAGUGCCCACCUAGAGGAUAUCCUAGCUCAGGGCCCUGGGUAUAUGAGGUUGGUGCUGGACAACCCGGAUUAAGCCCACGGAAGUCAGGAUCCUCCCAAGUUCCUGGUUGGUUUCAUCUACUUCCUGUUCUUGAAGAGCCCUGCACCGGGUACUAUAAAGCAAGCAGACUAAAGUUGGAAUAAGUGUCCAUUUAAAAAGGACUGUUGUGGACUCUGGAGAACAUGGCGGACAGACAACAGCAACUUCUGAACGCUCUCUAAAGGCUCGGCUCAGAGGCCAGGAAUGAUGCGGACUAAGGAGAUACGAACCAGUAGAGAUAUGCUCUGCUGACUCAGGAACGAACUGGGCUGAGAGAAUCCAACUUGGAAUACAGUCCUGGCGCUAAAAUAGGAACAGAAAAAUCUCGGUGUGGAGGCUCGACUCCGCGCCAUUGGAAACCGCGGCUUGGAUUUCCCGCCGCGCGGCGGCCGGCCACCUCCACAGUGGCUCAGCAAGGAGAGACGCGACCCCCAAGCUCUGGGAACGGGCGUCUGGGAACGGUCUCGGAAACGCGACGGGCAGGAAGGAAGGCUGACUGGUGGCGAGGUGAGCGAGGAACUGACUCCCUACCGCAGUCUGACUCCAGCGGAGGAUUUUCUGGGCGCGGGCAGUCCUGUAAGAGCAGGGCGCGGUGGCAACUGCAGCCGCGCAUUUCCCUCUCGGACAGGAUUGGUGAAAGGUGCCUGGCCGGAGGGACGCUGCUCGCGGACUCCCUAGGCUGGCUAGCCCAGAUCCCAGAGCCUGACGGUGGCCCGGAGGAGCGACCGACUUCCGCGUAGGCUGCCUCCUCCGCAACUCCCUGGGGCGCAGCGGUGAGCUGGAACAACUAGCCAGCGCAAUUCGAUCAAGCUGUAGCUGACAGGCAGGGAAGCCGGGCCUCCUGUGUAAGAUUACAUUUUAUAAGGAACAGAAAAUAUGGGGAAGGGAAGCAACAAAAAAGGCUCCUCGACCCCCAAUCCUGAGAAUCAGGCAAUAGUGGACACUGUACCAAUAUACAUUAAGCGCCAUUUAGAGAGCCUCAUAGACCAAUUCAGGAAUGAAGUUAUCAAUGACCUGAAGCUAGAAGUAUGCAGAAUAGUUAGAGAAAUGCUAAGCACCACCCAGGAAAAAGCAGAUGGUGGAGUGGAAGAACAGAAAAAGAGGGGAGAAUUGCUUGAUGGAGAAAACAGAGAAAGCAUUGAGUAUGUGAAGCAAGUGCAAAGGGACUAUCAAGAAAUCAAGAAGUAUACCCAAGACUGGCAUAACAGCUUGAAAGAAACUAAGGACAGACUAUCUGAAUUGGAGGGCAGACUUGAAACAUGGGAGAAUGAAAUGAAAAACUUCUUAAAAAUAACAAAGAAACACACAGCAAUAAUACAAAGACAAGAAGAUGAUAAGAGGAGCCACAACUUAAGGAUUAAGAACAUAAAAGAAGAAGUAGGGACACAAACAAGUGAACUACAAAAGCUACUCACAGAAAUAAUCCAGGAGAAUUUUCCUAAUUUAGCAAAA